ACCUCACGAGUGCAAACAUGUCGAUUGCAGAAUUAGAUCCGUUGUUUAGUAAAGCAUUAAGGUUAAUGCGUUCCAAGAGUAAGGAUUCUACUGAACAACUGAGACGUUUGUAUGAUGAAGUAGUUUCUUCAAGACGAGUGUCAAAGCCAGGUAAGCAUUUAGAAGGCAAAGAUUCCAAAGAGGAUUUGACUCCUACUCCUAGUAAAUCCGAAUCUUCUCAUUCUACGAAGGAAUCAAAGGAUACAGUUAAAACACAUACAAAGUCUGUAAUCCAGACAAAUCAAAGAAACGGGAUGCUGAGAAAGACGUUUGAUAAGCUUAGCAAAGAUAUACAGGAGCUCAAUCAAGAAGCUUCACCAGCCAAAAAGGCUCGUGUUGAGCAACGUUCACCUAAAGAUCUUCCCGAUGACCCUCUUCAAGGUCUGCCUGAUGAUACCGAUGCUGGCGAUUUCGCUAUGGAGAUGGGUCUGGCUUGUGUUGCGUGCAGGGGAAUCGAUGUUGCAUCUGGCAACCAGUUGGUUGAAUGUCAGGAGUGCCACAGCCUAUACCAUCAACUGUGCCAUAAACCAUCUGUAACUGAUCAAGAAGUGAAUGAUCCACGAAACAUUUGGAACUGUGCACGGUGUAUGAAGAUGCUCAAGAAGAUCAGCAAAAGCGGAAAAGAGAGCAAUGGCAACAGCAGCUCAGGAAACAGUCGUGAUAGCAGCAGCAGUCUGGCAGCGUCGAAGACAAGUGCUAAAUCGAGCAGCAAGCCAGAACUGCUGCAGGCCUUCAAGCGAACAGAGAUCAAGGAUAAGACCUCGGUUUCUGGAGGGAUUGCCUCCAGUGGAACACCGCUGCAGGGAUUAGCUGCACUCGCUGCAAAUCUUGGAGGAAAAUCCACUUCAAAGUCAUCGCAGUCCAGUAGUUUAAAGUCGACCACGAAGACGUCUGCCAGCACAGGGUCCCUGUCUUUAAGUAGCAAGGCAGAGCCAAAGACACAUGGUAUGAGCGACUCAACAAAACCACCGAAGUCGAGUGUGCAUGGCACAUCUGGCCAGAAAAGCGAGAAGGGCACGGCGGGGAAGUCCGGAGAGAAAUCGCUGUCCGUGAAAGUCGGCGAGAAGGCGGGCAAGUCGUCGAGUGAAAAAGCAUCGGCGUCGCCGGGGCGAUCUGGCUCGAGUCCGAAGGCGAGCAGCAAGGGGUCCGGCUCCAAGUCGAGCUCUGCCAAACAUGGCGGCGACGGCAAGGAGGGCAAAGAGAAAGAGCGAGACGGAAAGCAGAAGGAGAGCGGCUCGUCGGCGAAGUCGCAUGCUAGUAAGGGGGAGAAGAGCAGCAAGAGCAGCACCUCUUCAUCGAAGUCCUCUUCCAACAGCAAGGCUUCUUCUGGCUCAGUGGGCGGCGCGAAAGCGGCUCAGAGUGUGAGCGCUAGUGAGAAGAGCAAGAAGAAGGGCGCACCUUCCAAGUCGUCCGAGAAAUCUAGAGGGAAGUAGUGAAGAGUUUAUAGAUCUGUGCGUAGAGAAUAUGUCGUCAGCAAACUAUUUUGUAUAGCAAAGAAGCGUGUGAGGUUGGAUCCGUGUGAGAGGAACGUUGUGCCUGUGAUACCAGGGUGUAGAUACUUAGACUGUCCAAUGAUUUUUGCGAGGUCUUUACUAUGUGUUCCUGUAUAAAAAGUCUUGCAGUAGAUCAUGGACCAAAUCAUUUAAGACCAUUUUCGCAGGCGUUUUGAAUAAAAAGGAUGUAUAUUUAAAAAACGGACAGCUUUUUAAGUAGAUGGAAACUAUAGUGGGAAAACUAUAGUGAAGUAUGUAUUCUUAUGUUUAUUUCAUUUCAUGUAGUGGGAUGCAGCUAAUUAUAUAGUGGCGCUGGCAUGUCUGCAAAUGUGUGCAGCAGUGAUAGCUACACAGAUCUAAACAGCUUUAUCUGUAGUGCUUGUAUUUGUCGUGUCGGGUAAAAUCCAAGAAGACUGCUUCCGAUUAAAGCUGGCGGCAUAGGAACAAAGCAAGCACCUACAUUCCCCAUAACAUGAAAAAUAGCUCGGUGUUGGUUAUCUUCAUCCAAUAGUCAUUUCCUUCGGGAGUUCCAUACCCUUGUGUAAAUGCCAUAAGAUGCAUCUGUAUCACGCAUGCUGUUGUAGUAAUUCUAGGUAGCUGACGAUGAUAUGUAAUACUGGAGCCUGAAAAUGUUUUUAUUAGGGGUGCGGACAGGAUAAAAGUACGGAUCUACCUAUGUGUACCGUGCCUGGGAUAGUGGAAGGGACUGCAGUGAUGUCCAGCAGAAAUCAUGACGUAAGUGAUUGUGUAUCAUAUUUCAAUUUCAUAGAAAUAAACUUUUUUGGACAUCGA